AUGAGCUCCAACAUGCUAGACACACCCAGCACCCUCAGACGUAGCAAGGAAAGACAGUUGAGUGUCGUCGACUGGCACGGCAACGACGAUGCGGCAAACCCCAGGAAUUUCCUCUCGUGGAAGAAGGACAUGAAUAUCGGUUGCAUAUUCAUCAUGUGUUUUGUAUCACCAUUCACGUCCUCCGUCGUCGCGCCAGCAAUGCCAGACAUCAUAAGAGACUUCGCAUCAACCGAUGCCUACCUCUCUGCCUUCGUCCUGAGUAUCUACGUCCUAGGCUACGCGUUCGGUCCCCUUCUCAUAAGUCCCCUUUCGGAGCAAUACGGCCGACUGCCUUUGUACCACGGAUGUAACGUGCUCUUCACGGUAAGCACCUUCGCAUGCGGACGAUCCAACUCUCUCGGCACCUUGGCUGUCUUCCGCUUCCUCGCCGGCGUGGGCGGUAGUAGCGUAUUCGCCCUCGCGCCAUCCAGCAUCGGUGAUCUCUGGGUGAAAGAGAAACGCGGGGGGGUCAUGGCCUUGAUAGGAUUGGCGUACAAUCUCGGUCCAGCGAUUAGUCCUACUGCGGGUAGCUACCUCAACGCUGCGAGAGGGUGGCGGUGGAUAUUCUAUCUUACUGCUAUUUUGGGCGGGGUGAGUACGGCGCUCAGCAUGGUAUGUUUGUCGGAGACGUAUGAACCGGUUCUACUCCGUCGAAAAGCUGCACAGUUGCGGAAACACACUGGAAAUAAGGAUUUGAGGGCCAAGUCUGAUUUGGACGCUGGGACGAGCAAGUUGGUAGCUUUUCGCACGGCGAUGGUCAUGCCGCUACGUAUGCUUUUCCUGUCUCGACCGAUCUUCUUUACCUCGCUGCUCACGGCUAUCGGAUACGGAUCCCUAUAUAUCUUGUACACGACCAUCCCGACAACAUUCGUCGAGACUUACGGAUGGGCGCCCAAAAACCUGGGCCUUGCUUAUCUCGGUACGGCUGUCGGUAACCUCAUUGGUAUGCUUGGAGGCGCUGCAAUUAGCGACGGCCUCGUCAAGCGGAAGGCACUCAAGGGCGACACGAGACCGGAGAACAGAUUGCUACCCAUGAUAUUUUGGUGGCCACUUGUGAGUAUUGGGUUAUUCAUCUAUGCUUGGACGGCUCAGUAUGGUGUGCACUGGAUUGCGCCAUUGAUCGGAACAGCGGUGUUUGGUGCUGGGUCUAUGAGCGCUAUUUUCUUCACAGGCACAUACAUCCUAGACGCCUACCCGCUCCACUCCGCAUCUGGCAUGGCCGCCUGCUCAGUCAUGCGCUCACUCGUCGGCGGUCUUGCGCCUCUCUUCUCGCACAAGAUGUAUCAAAAGCUCGAUAUACUACACCGCUCCCCACCUCCCGCCUCGCCAAUGAUCGGCCAACGAAGAAGCGCACACGCCGAGCCAGCGAAUAUGGCACUUCCCGCUAGAAGUACGAACAUGUACAAUAGACGCUACAUAAGCACCGUCCGUAGCUCGGAUAAGAAGACAUUCAACUUGAAGCCCGAAACCACCCGUCCGUACCGAUCCGGCGAUCCAUCCGUCACAAGUGCUCCAGAAAUUCCAGGCACAAUGAAGAUUAUCGUCGGACCAGUGUCAAAUCAACAAACCUGGCAUAUUCCCAAAGCACGUCUAAUACGACAUUCAAGCAUGUUCGACGGAAUAAUCGCCGCAGACAGAAAGAUUUCCGAAGUCCAUCUCCCAACCAUCACUCCCAAAGCCUUUGCCGAUUUCGUUCCAUAUACGAUCUCGAGCGUAUACAGUCCGAACACAGUUGUUACCGGUUACCGUAGUCUACGAGCACACACUGAUGCCUGCCUCCUCGGGGCUAAGCUCGAAGCGAGUGAUUACUGGGAAGCCGCUAUGCGGGAAUUGUACUGGCUUGUCGAUCCACUUGCCCGGUCGACAAGAUCCGACGCGAAACAAUCUCUCAUCCGAGCGAGUGAUAUUGCGUAUAUCUGCGCUAACACCACCGCCGAGAGCCUACGUCGUAUCGCGAUCAUCGGUCCUGUCGCGAGAAGACCGUCUGUUGGCUCCCCGCCUCCUCCAAGACAAGACCGCCACAGUCAGGCUUCCGCCGGGAUGGAACUACUCCAAAGACUCUUUUUCGACGCCCUAGCCUCUCAUUGGUCUCAGCGAGAUGUCCACUAUAUCGGCGCACAGGAUUCACCCCGUGGCGGCGGUUUCAACAGGAACGAUGUACCGGGCGAUAGCACCACGUGGGGAGAGCUAUGCGAGACGUACCCUGACUUCAAAACCCAUAUGAGCAACACCGGAGACAUGCAAAGUCGUUACCGGGGCAGUAUACUGAGCGAUGUCAACACAUACCUCGGCCUUCCAGUUAAGCCCGACCCCCAAGAUGAAGACAAAAGUGAGGGUAACAGCAGCCGCAGCAGUGCCACGGCGGUCCAGACGGAGGAUGUUGAUGACCUCGUGGAAGAAGAGACGCAACGGCCAAAACUCACGCUCAAACUGAGGGGUCUUCUGAGGCGGACCAGCAGUAGGGUGUUCGGAGAGGAGGGGUUGAGGGAUGUCAGGGAAGAACACCAAGACCGUCUUAGGUCUGGGGAGAGCGCGGAUGAAGAGGACUCCAUUGACGACGCCGCUGAAGAAACUGCGACCCACGAGACUACGGAGGGCGUGGACGCGGCCAGAGAUGAAUCAACCCAAUCCGAUGAGACUACAGAGGGCAUAGACGAGGCUGGAGAUGAAACAUCCCCUGGAGAGGAGACUACGGAGGACAUGGACGCGGCCAACGACGAAGCAUCCCAAACCGAUGUGACUAUAGGGGGUCUGGACAACGGGUUCGAGGAGGAGUUCCUAACCGGCUUUAGUGGGUCGUUAGAACGUUCGUGA